GGCACCUGAUCGCAAUCAAACCCCACAAACGAGUUCAAGAUGGCUACCAGCGUCAAGCAAAUGUCCGCUGCUUUGCUGCCGGCCAGUAGCUCUGACAUAAUGGCAAGCAAUCGACAAACGCCAGAACCGGUUCCGGCUCGACCGGACGGUCUCAACAACCGGGAUGUGGUACUGACGAGCCUGAUCGCAGGUGCGUCCGCGGGUGCCUUAGCAAAAACGACCAUUGCUCCGCUGGAUCGGACGAAGAUCAACUUCCAAAUCAAUAAAGACGUUCCCUACACCUUCCGAGCGGCACUCGGUUUCCUGCGAAAUACGUACGUUCGUGAGGGUUUCCUGGCGCUGUGGCGCGGAAAUUCAGCCACAAUGGCCCGCAUCAUACCGUACUCGGCCAUCCAGUUCACGGCUCACGAGCAAUGGAAAAAGAUCCUGCAGGUGGAUCUGCAUUCCGACACGGAAGUACGUCGGUUUCUGGCGGGUUCGUUGGCUGGCAUCACGUCCCAGUCACUGACAUACCCGCUCGAUCUCGCCCGAGCCCGGAUGGCCGUGACAGACAAGUAUUCUGGCUACAAAACCCUGCGCGAGGUGUUUGUAAAGAUCUGGCAGUGCGAAGGACCACGUACGCUCUACCGCGGAUACUGGGCCACCAUCCUGGGCGUCAUCCCGUACGCUGGCACGUCGUUCUUCACCUACGACACACUCAAAAACGAAUAUUACAAACGCACGGGAGACAAAUCGCCAAACACUGUGAUAUCGCUCACGUUUGGGGCGGUGGCAGGCGUCAUCGGACAAUCGUCCAGCUACCCGCUGGAUAUCGUACGACGGCGUAUGCAAACGACUGGCGUAACGGCUCAGUGUGCCGACCAGUACCUCACGAUCGGCAGGACUCUGAUCAAGAUCUACAAGGAGGAAGGUCUCAUCGGUGGCUUUUAUAAGGGCUUGAGCAUGAACUGGAUCAAGGGCCCCAUCGCCGUGGGUAUCAGCUUUGCGACCUACGACCACAUCAAGCACCUACUCCGGGAAGUCAUACACAUGCGGAGCAGCGGCCAGGCCCGGUAAUGCCACCGAACUUGAGCCAUUCGCGUGAAGGGUACCCUCCACGGGCAACCCUCCAAUAUUACUCAUGAAUACCCAGCCCACCAGGCUGCACGACAAUACUAUUUAAACACGCGUGUGUAUGUGUGAGUGUGUGUGUGUUUGCGUGUGUGUGUGACUGUCGGUGUGUAUGUAUGUGGGAGUAUCCGCGUGAAUCGUCCAACAACAUAAGUGCCAUUGCUGGCCUUGCCUUUCGGUUUUGUCCGCAAAGCGGAGGCAAACGAGAUGCGACCGAUGUUUGUCGCCAGGCCAGCGCUACGAAACCAUUGCACAAACAUGUACUAUUUUAGCUUAAUGAAUCUACGUUAUUAGUCACUUCAGUAGGGUGGAGUAUUUUAGGAAACGCCUAAGGGCAACAGGCGAACACGCAAUCGCGCGGAAACGUAUAUAUCCCGCGGUAUAAAUAUCGAUGCAAAUUUUGUUCCAAUGAGGGCGCGGUGUCUUUCAAAAAGAUGAUACUAAAUAAAACAUUGUCGAUUAUUGCCUCAGCGCAAGCCUUAGUAUUCGUUUGUUAAACUUGAAGGGCUUUUAAGGUUC